AUGGCUGCAGAUCCCGUACUGCAAAUGAAGCAGCAGCAAAACGCUACUUCGGAACAAACAAUGGUCACUUCUCAAGAGGCAGAAAUAGAGGGUAUGAUAACUGAUAACCAACAUCCCAUUCUCUGUGGUUUGACUGAUGCCGUCAACACCACUAGAGAUGGCAUCAGCCAUGAACCAAAAGCACAGCCAGGAUCUGACAACCAUAUAUAUUUCAGCCCCAUGCCUCAACCGCUCCCAUCAGAGCCAGACCGAUUUCUUCGACCUGAUCUACUAGUAAAUCCAGUUGGAGCCAUAGCGGUGGACGGGCCAUUUGGUGCCUCGAUCGACACGGGUCACCGUCACGAACAGCAACGGGACGAAGAAGACCCAGCCGAGACGGAGGAAUUGGCCGUGGCCAAUCUGGUUGCAGAGGACAAUGGUCUUUUGCCCACCGCCAUGCCCCAAAACACGGAAGCCACCAGAAAGAGGCAACAAAAGACAAAGCAAAUCAAAACCAACAUUCUUCUCGUGGUUAUUGCUCUACUGGCUCUCACCAUCGUCUUGUUGGCUAUUUUGAUUCCCGAAAAAGAAUCGUCUAAACUUACAGACGACACUGUUCCAACAACUCCAACGGACUUGCCCAGCAGCAACCCAACCCAGGCGCCAACCUUAGUUUCGGAUUACUUCAUAUCCCUCCUGGGAGAAGCAACAUCUGAACUCAUUAUGGCCACUCCAGGCUCUGCCCAAUCAAAGGCAUGGCAGUGGCUCUUGGAAGAUGCUCAGCAGCAGCAGCCAUCUCUGCCUAUAGAACGGCUUGUGCAGAGGUUUGCCCUUGCUGCUUUAUUCUAUGCCACUGCCGGUGAUAACUGGUACAACAAUACCAACUGGCUCAACCACAACAUCAGUGAAUGUGACUGGUUCAACCAGCCUGAGUUUGGUCGGGUGACUAUUAUGAGACAGUUUUUCGGAAAUGGUUACCUGCAAGGAUUCUUCCCGGCAGACGCACAGCCAUCAAUCUGUGGGAAUGAUGGUCUUUAUCAGCACCUCUGGUUGGAUCGGAACAAUUUAGCUGGAUCACUCCCAGAUGAAUUCUAUCUCCUUACAACCCUCAAAACAGUGUCUCUUGCAAACAACCGUAUACAGGGAUUCAUUUCCAGCCAUGCUGGAAAGCUAGACCGGAUGGAAGGGUUGUCAGAACCCGUCCUUGCGAGGCUCUAUUCCAACGGGGAUUAG